AUGACCAAGGGAUUUCGUCUGAAUCGUUCUUCGAUCCAAAAAAAACAUAUAAGGAGUGACGGUCACAAAACCGUGAGUAUUUUGGCAUGCAGCUUCGAGACAUUUUGCGACCUGCUUCAGACAUGUCUUUCUAAACCGACUGGUCAAAUGCAGUCAUACUUGAACACAAAUUGGACUGUUUUCGAGAAAUACACUCAUUUGCAAAUCAAUUUGGUUUCCAAGAGAGACCAAACUGAAUCUCUGGUUUAUGAUGUUCUACAACUGAAUGUGCCGCACACAGGCCGCCUCACGACUGAGUUGGCACGAUAUUCAGGAUAA